AUGGAUAGUAUAAUCACUCAGAUCAAAUCGCUAGCUCAAGAUGCAGACGAAGCUAGUCGAAGGAAGAUUCUUGAUGGGCUUCGCGAUCUAGCCUUGUCUCUCGAAACGCCCCAGGAUACGAUGCAAAGGAUUUCAUAUCUGCAUCUUCAACCUGCCCUCGUUCGAGUCGGACUAGACUUAAACAUCUUCAAAAUCCUCGCCGAAAGUGAUCAUCCGCUCACUUCAGAUGACCUGGCCGUCCAGACAAAUGCAGCACCAAAUCUUUUAUCCCGUGUUCUCCGCUAUCUCGCAUCGGUCGGCACAAUAAAGGAGACUGGAGACAACGAAUUCACUGAUAACAAUAUCACUAGGUCUCUGAGUGAUGAAGGUAUCGCUAGUGCCAUAUACCACAAUGUAAACAUUAUUGCUCCUCCAAUCUUUGCGCUUCCAAACUUUUUGGCGGAAAACAAAUAUCAAGACAUUACGAGUUCCGUCAACACGCCUUUGCAAAAGGCCUUUAACACCGACCAACCAGCAUUCGUUUGGGCGCAGACACAGCCGGAGCUGAUUCUCCACUUCAACAAGUUCAUGGAAGCGGAACAGCGUGGAAUGCGUCGAUGGUUCGAUGUAUUCCCGAUCGAAGAAAAGUCCAAGAAUUUGAACCCAGAUCAAGCCUUAUUUGUGGAUGUUGGUGGAAACAUCGGUCACCAAAGUGUGGCACUGAAAGCGCGACUGCCCGAAAUCCAGAACGACAUAAUUGUUGAGGAUUUGGAGAUUGUUCUCGCAAGUGCCAUACCAUGCGAAGGUGUGAAGACUAUCGCUUUUGACUUUUUCCAACCUCAAGUGGUGAAAGGAGCUCGAUUCUACUACUUCCGUAGUAUUAUGCACGAUUGGGACGAUGAGAAAGCACUGAUAAUACUGAAGAAUACCAUUUCCGCACUGGGACCGGACUCGUCAAUUCUUAUCGACGACAUGGUUUUGCCGAAUUCUGGGGUCCAUUGGCAUGCAACCCAGGUCGAUAUGACUAUGAUGUCUUCUCUUGCAUCAUUAGAACGUACUACUGAACAAUGGCACACCCUCAUGGAAAAGGCAGGUCUCAAGAUUGUGGGUAUACACACAUACUCCGCUCGGUAUAACUCUAUUUUGGAAUGUGUACCAGUAUAG